CAGAGGAGCUGACCCAGGGAACCGUCGCCUGGGUCGUGGACGCGGAAGUGCUCUUGCCUUGCUUUGUUGUCAAACGAGGGCUGCAGUCUCCCGGCAGGUGCAUCGGGUCGAAUUCCACGGAGAUUGCUCUCCCGUUCCGGCGGACCGCGCCUCUGGGGACACCGGCUGCUCGGGAGGCGUGGCCGAGCGCGGAGCAAACCCGAGGGACCCCAGGUGCAGGAAGACUAACAGUAGGCUACCUACCCAGGCACUAUGAAGAUUUUCCUUGUGGAACCUGCCAUUUGCCUGAAAGCAUUUGCCAUGACCUUGUCCUCCCCAUUGAUGGCACAGUACGUGUACAGGAGGAUAUGGGAGGAAACAGGCAACUACAGUAUGCCUGAGAGCAAUAUUUCUGAGUGUGAGAAAAACAAAAGCAGCCCGAUUUUUGCAUUCCAGGAGGUAAGAAAAAAAGUGUCUCUUUUUAAUCUUCAGAUGGACUUAAGUGGAUUAAUUCCUGGCUUAGUGUCCACGUUCAUGCUUCUGUCCCACAGUGACCACCAUGGACGAAAGUUCCCUUUGAUUUUGACUUCAGCCAGUGCUCUUGCGACCAGCAUCUGGCUCUGUUUGCUUUCCUAUUUUGCCUUUCCCCUCCAGCUUUUGAUUGCAUCCACCUUCAUUGGGGCCCUUUGCGGCAAUUAUACCACAUUUUGGGGUGCCUGUUUUGCCUACAUAGUUGAUCAAUGUAAAGAAGAGAAACAAAAAACAAUUCGAAUAGCUAUCAUUGACUUCCUAGUUGGAAUUGUUACUGGAUUAACAGGACUGUCUUCCGGCUAUUUUAUUAGAGAACUAGGUUUUAAGUGGUCCUUUUUCAUUGUUACUAUAGUUCUUACUGUUAACUUGAUUUAUAUUUUAUUUUUUCUUGGUGAUUCAAUGGAAAAGUCUUCAUCUCAUUAUUCCAUAUCAUAUUGUGAAAGCUUAAAAAACCUAUUUUACCAAACUUACAUGCUUUUUAAAAGUGCUUCCGGUGAGCGACGGUGUUUGCUCUGCUUGUUACUUUUCACAAUGAUCACUUAUUUUUUUGUGAUAGCUGGCGUUUCCUAUUUUAUCCUCUAUGAAUUGGAUUCACCACUCUGCUGGAAUGAAGUUCUUAUAGGUUAUGGGUCAGCUUUAGAUAGUGUCUCUUUUUUGAGUAGUUUCCUGGGAAUAUGGCUUUUUUCUUACUGUAUGGAAGACAUCUACAUGGCCCUCAUUGGAACUUUAACCACCAUGGUGGGAAUGGCUAUGACUGCUUUUGCCCGAACAACGCUGAUGAUGUUUUUAGUCAGGCUGCCCUUCCUCUUCACUGUUGUGCCGAUCUCUGUUCUGCGGUCCAUGAUGUCGAAAGUGGUUCGUUCUUCCGAACAAGGGACCCUGUUUGCAAGUAUUGCUUUCUUAGAAACACUUGGCGGAGUCACUGCAGGUUCUACCUUUAAUGGAAUUUAUUCAGCAACUGUUGCGUGGUACCCAGGCUUUACCUUUCUGCUGUCUGCCGGUCUAUUACUAAUUCCAGUGAUCAGUCUAUGUGUUGUCAAGUGCAGCAGCUGGGAGAAGAGAAGCAACAUACUUCUUAUCCAAGAAGAAUCCAGUGAAGACACUGAAGAGCCAUGAUUGUGGUUAUAAAACAGUGCAUACACCAUGCAUUCCAACUUCUGAGACAUACAGCAUAGCUGCACAAUCAGCACUUCUGGAACAACUGGUGUUGCAUGUCCUUCUUCCAGACUGAAUAGUGGGAGAAGGAGCCCAGCCUCAGCUCCUGCAGCACCGUACAGUUCCAGCACUGUGGAUACCAUGUAAUAUGUUUCCAGUACAGAGAACAAAUCUCAAAAUGCUUCAUCCUCUCAAAUUUACAAGAAAACCCCUGAAACUUAAUAGUAUCAGGAGGUAUUAAGACACCUGAUACAAUGAAAUACAGUAACCUCCCCAGCAUACUCCAGUCUCUCACAUUGAGACCAAGGAAAAUGCCUUACCUCAGUUUCUCCUGUAAAGUGGGUUUCUCACCUCCCUCCAGGAUUUUGAAGGACAACUGUAAAAAAUUAUGACAAAUCAUUCACCAACAGAAAAUAACAGAAGUUUCAAAUAUUUAUCAUUUCACCUCUUAGGUAAUGCUUUGUUUUAUAGAAUUCAUCAAGGUGCUAUUGACACUGAAAGCUUUUAAUAGAUGCAAAAUCCUUAAAACAGAAGCACAUUAAAGAGUACAUAUUUUCACUUUUCCUGUUUCAUCAGGUGACCAGCAUGUUGAUAUUUCUACAUGUAACAAAGGGGUAAAUGGGAAAAAAACAGAUUAUAAAUAAAACUGUUUCUAGAGAUAUGUAAAAACUGAGUAAACAGCCAACUGGGAAGUAAAGUAAGAUUACAGCACCAGUAUUCACUCUGUAUUCUGUCAAAGGGGAUCCAUUUCUCACUGCCUUACAGCCAUCUUGAGAUGUACCCUGGUCCCUACAAACACCACAUUCUUUCAUCUUUUUCACACUAUCCAUUUGCCCUUCCUCCCUGGCAACACUGAAACUUCUAAGUCUCAACCAAACUAUUGCUUCCUCUGUGUAGCAUUGACAUCUGUCCCUGCUCCUGCCCUGCCCCUGCCACUGUCCCUGCAGAGCCCCCGCAGCUCUGUUCUCCUAUCCUCACAUUUUCUGUGGCUAUGUAAUGUCCGUUUCCCCUACUGGACAAGGGACAUCUCAAGGAGAGAGACAAUCUGAUUCCUCAUUACAUCCUCAAUAAAUGUUUGUUUUGCUAAAUAAAAAAGUUUCUUUUUACUUGUAGAAAUAAUUUAAAGCUAUGUAUUUAAUGCAUCAGGAGAGUAACCAUUGAUAUGCUAUAUUUGUUAAGCCAGCCUUGCAAAUAAAUUGAAAAAUAUGGUA